AAGAAAAAGUAUACGUUAAAAGCACAGCAACAAACGAACAGCGCAAUCCAAAGCCGAGGAAAGAGUAGUGCGAAAUGGCGGCUGCUGCUUUUGCACCGGUCACUCCUCUCCGGUUCAAAUCCUACUCUAUACUCCGUUUCCUUUCCUUCUAUUCCCAAACCCUAACAACGCCUCGCCUUUUCCCGCCACUUCCUCGCCGACCCUUCCCCUCAACCAUUCCUCGUAAACGAUGCUUCCGCCCCGUUAUUUCCCCUGCGCUGCAGUCUGGAGAAAGGGCAAAAAUAGAAUUCCUAGAAAAGAAAGUCGGUGAAACUGGGAAUACAGUCGGCGAGUUCAGGCAGAAAUUGAAAAUCGCCCACAUAAAAGGAGGACCCGAUGAAGGUUUGGAUCGGGUCGGGCAGACUCUAGUGGUUAUGGGUUGGGUUCGGACUCUCCGGGUUCAAAGCAGCGUUACAUUCCUUGAAGUAAAUGAUGGUUCAUGCCUUUCAAAUAUGCAAUGCGUGAUGAAUUCAGAUGCUGAAGGUUACGAUCAGGUGGAAUCUGGCUUGAUUGCAACUGGUGCAUCCAUAUGGGUGCAAGGAAUUUUGGUGGCUAGCCAAGGAUCAAAGCAGAAAGUGGAAUUGAAGGUUGACAAAGUUGUUGUGGUUGGAAAAAGUGAUCCUUCCUAUCCCAUUCAAAAGAAAAGCGUCAGCCGAGAAUUUUUGAGAACUAAAGCUCAUCUUCGUCCUAGAACAAACACAUUUGGUGCAGUUGCACGAGUGAGGAAUGCUUUGGCUUAUGCAACGCAUAAGUUUUUCCAAGAAAAUGGUUUUGUGUGGAUCUCAAGUCCUAUCAUUACAACUUCAGAUUGUGAAGGAGCUGGUGAACAAUUCUGUGUUACUACUUUGAUUCCAAGCUCCAGAGAAGCCACUGAUUCUCCUGUGGGUGCCAUUCCAAGUACAAAGGAUGGAUUAAUUGAUUGGUCACAGGAUUUUUUUGGCAAACCAGCAUUCCUGACAGUUUCAGGUCAACUUAAUGCUGAAACAUAUGCUACUGCUCUUUCAGAUGUUUAUACAUUUGGACCCACCUUUCGAGCAGAAAAUUCAAACACAUCUAGGCACUUGGCUGAAUUUUGGAUGAUUGAACCAGAACUGGCUUUUGCUGAUCUGAAUGAUGACAUGGCCUGUGCAACUGCAUAUCUCCAGUAUGUGGUACGGCAUGUGCUUGAUAAUUGCAAGGAAGACAUGGAAUUUUUCAACACUUGGAUCGAGAAAGGGAUCAUUAAUCGACUGAAUGAUGUGGCUGAUAAAGACUUUGUGCAGUUGACUUAUACUGAUGCAAUUGAACUUCUUCUAAAAGCAGAGAAGAAAUUUGAAUUUCCGGUGAAAUGGGGAUGUGAUUUGCAAAGUGAGCAUGAACGGUACAUAACUGAAGAGGCAUUUAAUGGAUGCCCUGUUAUAAUCAGGGACUAUCCAAAGGAAAUCAAAGCGUUCUAUAUGCGGCAAAAUGAUGAUGGGAAGACUGUAGCAGCAAUGGAUAUGUUGGUACCUCGGGUUGGUGAGCUCAUUGGUGGAAGCCAAAGGGAAGAACGACUUGAUUAUCUGGAAAAUCGUUUAGAUGAGCUAAAGCUUAAUAAGGAGAGCUACUGGUGGUAUCUUGAUCUGCAUCGUUAUGGUUCAGUUCCUCAUGCGGGCUUUGGACUUGGGUUUGAAAGGCUAGUGCAGUUCGCCACUGGAAUUGAGAAUAUAAGAGAUGCAAUACCUUUCCCAAGGACACCUGGUUCAGCUGAAUUUUAGUGGUCCAACCAGUUUUAGAUUUGAUAUUUUUUAAAGCAGUUUUGAGGUUCUUUCUUUUCCUUUCUCAUUUAAAGUUUUUAUGUUAAGAGAUCUCAUCUGCUUUAUAGAGCGAUUGCUGAAGACUAGUUAGCUACCCUUUUCCUUGUUUUUUUGUAAAGAAAAUAAAAGGUAUAUUGAAAUUGAAUUUUAAAAUA